AUGGAACCCGGGGUGGAAGCCGGAGGAGGGCCAGGCGAGGGUCUCUCCCUCCUCCGCCUCCCUUUGCCCGGGAAGAGCCCCCAACUCACCCGAGGCACGUCUGGAUCUCCCCCCGCCAGACUCUCCGCCUCCUGUGGAGCCCCAGGGGUUAAGGAGAGCGAGUGCGAAGUCCUAGAGCGGCAAGCGUUUGAACCGUCUGUGGAGAUGAAGAAAAACCUCUCUGGAGGAUUUGAACUCGCUUCCCUCAAGGACAGCCGCCCUGAAGGCUCGACAGACAUUGUGGGAGGCCUCCAAAGGGUCCAAAUCCUGUCAGAAACAGACGGGCGGUCAGAAGAGGAGGACCGGGAGCCUCUCUGUUACAAUGUAAUAACGGGUCUUGUCACCAUUGAAGACGUCACUGUGUAUUUCUCCGAGGAGGAAUCGUCUCAACUGGAUCCGGAUCAAAAAGCCCUUCAUAAAGAAGUCAUGCUGGAGAACUCCAGAAAUGUGGCUUCUCUGGUUGCCCUUAACAGGAUGAAAAGGCGACAGAAUUUUCCAGUAAGAAUCAGUAAGAAACCAAGAUUGGAAUCCGUUGUAUCAGAAAUGGCCUUGGAUGAUAUAAAGCAGUCACAACCACAACAAGCACAACCACUCCAACCACUCCAAUUUGGAGAAAACAGCCUGUCAGUUAUUGAAAUAAAUAACGAUACCUCCAAAAUUGAAAACAGUCUUCCUGAAUGCUGGACAAUGCAACAAUAUAACAAUUUCAAAGAAAAAUAUGACGGUUUGGAAAUUUCUAACAAAAAGUUAGGUUGCAAGCAUUGUGCAAAACAUGACUUCCUAAAAAUGAAAAAUAUUCAUGUGUCAAAAGAAUGGAAACAUUUUCAGAUUGAGGCAGCAGGGAGAAAUAGAGAGGUAAAACAAGCUUCUCUAAGGAAAAAAAUGAAAGAACAUUUUUCAUCAAAAGCUCAUAAUAUUUGUAAAGAGAACAUAAAACAAGGCGAGGAGGCUUCAACAGCAAAAUAUAAGAUGAAUGAGAAAUAUAUACAAAUUAUUUGUAGAGUAUUUAAUACAGUUUACAGCCUGGCACAAAGAUGUAAACCAUUUUCAGACACAGAAGAUGAGAUAGAAAUGCAAAUUAAAAAUGGAUUAGAUAUGGGAAUAGGAUUACAUUCACGUAAAACCGCAGUGAAAAUAGUUGAUUUCAUUGCAAGAGAAAUUAAAAAACAAUUAUUUACUAAAAUUAUUGAAAAUAAUCUGAAAAUAUGUUUGAUUAUUGACGAAGCCUCAACAGUAUCUUGCAAACCAGUUGUGAUACUUUUCUUAAAAGUUGAGGAUUCAGAUACAUCACCAACGAUUUUCCUUGAGCUAAUUGAAUUGGAAAAACAAGAUGCAGAGACAAUAUAUUCUUCAGUCAUGCAAAGUUUAAAUAAUGUUGGGCUUACUAAGAACUAUCUAAAAAAAAUUUAAUAGGAUUUUGCUCCGAUGGCGCCAGCGUUAUGCUUGGGAGAAAAUCUGGAGUGAGCACUAGGAUAGCAAAAGAGUUUCCAAACAUAGUAAUCUGGCACUGUUUAAACCAUCGCCUCCAACUUGUUUUAGAUAAUUUGAUAAAGGAAAUAAAGCAAGUAAAUCAUUUUAAAAUAUUUAUUGAUAAGAUAUAUACUAUUUUUCAUCAAUCCAAUAAGAACCAAAUUGAACUUACCAAAAUAUCCGAACAACUUGGAAUUGAAAUUAUAGAAAUUGGUAGUAUUUUGGGACCACGAUAGGCUGCCUGUAGUUUAAGGUCAACCCUAGCUGUGUGGCACGCUUAUCCAGCGCUACAUCACUGUUUUCAUUCAAAUGAAAAAUACUUAGGUAUGGCUGCCCGUCUUGAAAAUAUCUAUUUUAUAACUGAUUUGGCAUUGAUGAUUGAUAUUCUAAAUGAAAUUUCUCUUCUUUCAAAUGCACUGCAAGCAAAACAUAUAGACAUAAUAAAGGCUGAAGAACUUGCGAUAAGAUCUAUUAAAGCAUUUCAAAUGCUUCAAAAGGAAAAGGGUCCAUACGAAAAAAAAGUUGAUGGAUUAAUUACUUCAGAAACCUUCAAAAAUAUAAAAUUUGUAAAAAAUCAUCGAUUUGUUGGGCUUCCUCGGGAAAGACUUUUAGAAAACAUUGUAACGAAUUUGAAGAAAAGGCUAAUGGAUUGUGAACAUUUAAAAACAGAUUGUAGCCAAUUUCAAGACAGGAAUAAAUUACAGUUUCUCAAAUUUUUGGAACCAGAUUACUGGAAUAUUGAAGAAGUAGUAGUUCCAUGGAAAGCAGGUGAAGAACAAUUGCUCGUAUUUAAUGUUUUCAAUUACCAAAUUGAUAUUAAUGAUUAUCGAGAUUUUGUGAGAAAUGUGUUUAAAAAUUCCCAGAACUAUGCAAUUCCUAAAAGUGUUCAAAGAGCUAAAAAUAUUGUCAGAACAAUUGCUGUAAGUUCAGCAGAAGCGGAAAUGGGUUUUUCAAACAUGAACACAAUAUGUUCAGAGAAGAGAAGUCACCUAAGUGUUUCUAAUAUAUCAAAUAUAAUGACUAUUAGUCUAAUCGGCCUACCGCUAAAGGAAUGGGAUCCUACUCCUACAGUGGAAAAAUGGUUAAGGAUAAAUCACACAGCCGAUGUUGGCGUUAGUGUUUUUGGACGCCCAAAAGGCAUUCGAUAACUUGAACUGGAAAUUUAUGGUCAACCAAAUUGACUUAAUGGGAUUUGGAACAAAUUUUAGAAAAAUGAUUGAAAAUAUUUACCAUAAACAGAGGGUGAGUAUUUUAAUAAACGGGGACAAGACGCGGAUAUUUUGGAUACAAAAGGGAGUUAGACAGGGAUGCCCCUUGUCCCCUCUACUUUUUAUAAUGGCGCUGGAAAUUCUACUUAGAAAGAUCAGAGAUAACAAAGAAAUUAAAGGACUGCAAAUUAAGAAAGAAAUAUUCAAAACACAAGCCUUUGCAAGAUGACGUGGCCUUAAUAACAGAAGAUCCCUUGAAAUCUGGCCCCAAAUUACUCCAGGAAGUACAACAGUAUGGAGAAGUCGCCGGCUUUAAACUUAAUAAAACAAAAACUAAAAUUUUAGCAAGAAACAUGACAGAGGCAAAUAAGAAAGAGCUAGAAAAUUCCUUAGAUCUUCAGAUAGUGAAGAAAAUAAAGUACUUGGGAAUAUGGAUCACCUCAAGAUAUUCCUCUUUAAAGGAGGAUAACUACAUCCCAUUAUUACAAAAAAUAAAGCAGGAUAUAGACAGAUGGAAGAAGUUAAAAUUAUCUUUUACAGGUAAGAUCUCAGCAAUUAAGAUGAACAUUCUCCCCAAAAUUAUAUUUUUAUUCCAAACUAUACCAGUGAAUCUCGAUAAAAAAUAUUUCCUGAAUCUGAAAAAGAAGGUGCGAGAAUUUUUAUGGGAAGGGAAGAAGGCGAGGAUUGCAUACAAGACACUGCAAGGGAAAAGAAACAUGGGUGGCUUUGGAUUACCUGAUUGGGAAGUAUAUCAGAAAGUGGCUAAACUAGUAUGGAUCAUAGAAUGGGUUACAUUACAAAACAAGAGAAUCUUGACGUUAGAAGGCCACGAUCUACAGGCAGGCUGGCAUGCCUAUUUAUGGGAUUUAAAGAACAAAAAAAAAAAAAAAGAAGAUUUCCAUAAACACAAAUUAAGGGAGACCCUUAUUCAAACAUGGGAAGAAAUUAGGCAACGAUUUUAUGUGAAAGUGCCAAAUUGGCUUUCAAUCAUGGAGGCCCUGACGGCCUCAAAUAAAAGAUACUUUGAAAUUCGGCACGUAUAAAGACAUAUUAGAUGAUAAUGGUAUCUUUAAAUCACGGGAAACAUUAAGAAAUCAAGGCUUCAAUUUAGACUGGUGGAGCUAUCUACAGAUAAGCUCAAGAUAUCAAAAAGAUAGGGAUCUUUUUGAGGCGAAGCACAACAAUUUGGACAAAAUUAUGUUGGGGAUUGAAAAGAAAAUGCUAGCGAAAUUUUACAACUUUCUACUAGGCGGGGACAGGGCAGAAGAAAUAGCUAGAAAUCAAUUAAAUAUUUGGGAAAAAAACAUUGGUUAUAGGUUAAAUUUCAAUGACUGGGAGGAGGCCUGGAACAGAAACUAUAAUCUGACUAAAUCAGCAAUUUAUAGGGAGAACCAUUACAAAAUUUUCCAUAGAUGGUAUCUAGCGCCAGCUAGAUUAGCAAAAAUAUUUCCCAGUGCUUCAGCAAUAUGUUGGAAGUGUGGAAAGGAGGUUGGCACCUUCUUUCAUAUGUGGUGGUCCUGCCCCGAGACAAAAAAAGUUUUGGACAAAAAUACGAAACUGGUUACGGGAAAUAGUGGAAGAAGACAUAGAACUUUCCCCUGAAAUCUUCUUAUUAGGAAUGAUCGGAGAUGGACUUUCUAAAGAUAAGAUACAUCUUAUAAUACAUGUCAUAACAGCGGCCAGGUUAAUCUUUGCAAAAUACUGGAAAGACAAACAAACCCCUCCAGAGGUGAUAAUAAACAAAAUCCUAGAAUGCGCAGAAAUGGCAAAAUUAACAAGUGUUCUUAACGAUGAUGUGAAUUCAAAAUUCAAGGCAGUAUGGGAAAGGUGGUACAAAUGGUGGAAUAAUAGAACGAGAUUGUAAGGAUAUGUCUAUUUUCAAUAAUGGUAGAUUCGAAUGUAAUCGAUAGGUAUAUAAUGUAUAUAACGUAAAUAUGUAAUUACACGACACCUCAGAUGUUAACAGAGAUUUGAUGUUUUCUUUUUAAAAAAUUUUUUAAAAAUCAAUAAAGUAUAUUAAAAAAAAAAAUCACAUGGCCGAUGAUGCUCAAUUGAAAAUGAAGAAAAUUGCAAGUGACGCCAAUCGAAAAGCAAUAUGGAAAUAUCUUAUGUAACAGUUCUAUUAG